CAAUUACAAUUGGGUGUCCACUUAUUCGCAUUAUUCCAAUUGAUUAUAGGUGACAGGAGGUUUCAAAUUCGAUAUAGAGGCUCCAUGGGUCGUGGCCACCUCGACGAUGUAGAUAUUGCGGUGAAAUCAACCGAUUGGCCGAUUGGAGGACACUGGCACCAUGAAUGACAUGAAGCCAUCUUCGUGUAGGAAGAGAUGGUACAGUGGCGUCACGAUUGUAAGAGUCACGGUCGUCAUUCUGGGACUCCUGGCGUUGUUUGUGUCACCAAAAAUGCCGGUGAUCUGUUUUGUAAUCCACUGUGCAUAUUUCGUCGAUAUCAGGAGAAUGUUCACAAGGGAAGUAACGUACCUCGGAUCCUCUAUUCAACGCGUUAAAGACUAGUAUCUAGUGGCGCAGAGUCUUCAAAGUAGCAAGUUGAUACGGUCUUACUAGUAGCCGGGG